CGCGCCUGUGAAUACCUCGGCUUUGUGGACCUCGAGGCUUUCCGUACGUCGAUAAACAUGGCGCUGCCCUCCUGUGUCAAUGCUAACUAAAGUUUUCCUUCAUUCUAAUGACACAAAGCGAAUACAACACAGGACAGGGAAAAGGGUAGGAAAGACAUACAUAAAAAUAAAAAAAAUGAGCCUUCGUUAUUUGUUAUCUGGUGUCCCUGGGUCCCCUAAUCGUGUAGCCCAGCGGUGCACUUGGUUAAUAUUCAGGACGCAGCGCGCUCCACUGCGGACUCCCGUCAGUACACCUGCGAUGAACAGCGGGAGUGUGACCCAUUAUACGUCCUGGGCACCAAUUUAUCGGCCUAUAUCUUUAAUAUCUUCACUCGGGCGGAACCACCUCUCCGACUGGUUUUGCGUGACGAGAAGACCGUGCAACGCUACGUUGAGUUCCCCAAGUACCCGUCGAAGACAGUUCGGUUUGGCUGCUCUGAGCUCGACUCCGGUCCGUUUCCAUUCGACGUCCUCCGCCGUCGCGAAGGACGUGGUUCUGUUUGAGCACGACCGAACCCGGUUCUUUCGCUUGCUGUCGUUUUUCUGUGUGGGCCAGCUGUUGUUCUGGACUUACCUGGCCCACUUCGCUUUCACCAACCUACGAGACACCCGACGCUCCCCGGCCGGCGAGAGCACAGCGAUUGCAGCGGGGCUGUUUGGCUUAGAGGCGAAUUUAGGUUCCGACACGUGGAGAUAUGGGUUCACCGUUGCUUGUCUGGUUGUAGCAGCAGGGAUUGUGGGAUUCGGAGUUCUCUUCUGUCGCCGGUCCGUCUGCCGGGUGAUCUUGCACAAGGGCGGCAGGAAGGUUACCGUGACGACGCAGUCGCCGCUGGGGCCCGGCCUGGGGCGGAGCCUGACCGUGCCGCUGGCGCAGGUGGCCUGCGUCGCCCACCGGCAGGAGUCCCCCACUUUCAUCCCUCUGCGGGUCAAAGGUCACCGCUUCUACUUCCUGUUGGACAGAGAGGGGACGCUCAACAACCACAAGCUGUUUGAUGUGACCGUGGGGGCGUACAGGCCUUUCUGAGGUGUGUGUGUGUGUGUGUGUGUGUGUGUGUGUGUGUGUGUGUGUGUGUGUGUGUGUGUGUGUGUGUGUGCACGCAACCGUGUGAGUGGAGGGGUAUACAGGUCUGUAUGUGUGUAUGGCAAUAAAACAUGCUUGUCAUUUCUUGAUUUACCGUUUCCUUGCACAGCUAAGUUUC